AAGUCAUAUAUGUAUGUGUGUGUAUAUAUGUAUACAUGUAUAGUUUCAGUACCUUCUCUCCCUAGUCUCUACACUAGUAACGACCAACACCACCAGAAGCAUAAACAAGCAAGUUCCACAGCAGAGUCCACAUGAAGGAAGUCUACUCAGGAUCUGAAAGCUCUCAUCUUACAACAGCUGAACUUGAUCAUGGCACAGAUCAAUCAAAUAGUUCCUCUCUGCAAUUGGCAAAAGGGGUUACAGAUUUUGUAGAAGAUGAGCCUUUACCGGCUGUAUAAGGCUUCCAAAUCAUGGGUGAAGCUAUUCCGGGAAAAGAAAUCAUGGCAUGUGGAUACACUAUUAACGGAAUAACCACUUGCAAAAUUGCGUGGCUACGCGGUUCAGAAGAUGGUUCCAUGAACUAUAUAGAAGGAGCAUCAGAACCAACUUAUUGGGUGACCGAGAAUGAUGUUAACUCUUACCUAGCUGUGGAAGUGCUACCUAUUGAUAGCAAGGGGAGAAAGGGUGAAGUUCUUAAAGUCUAUGCCAAUGAGAAAACAAAGAUUACUCAUGAAGAUGGUCCUUUACCGGCUGUACAAGGCCUCCAAAUCAUAGGUGAAGCUAUUCCGGGAAAAGAAGUCAUGGCUGGUGGAUACACUAUUAAUGGAACAACCACUUGCAAAUUUGCGUGGCUACGUGGUUCAGAAGAUGGUUCCAUGAAAUAUAUAGAAGGAGCAUCAGAACCAAAUUAUUGGGUGACUGAGGAUGAUGUUAACUCUUGUCUAGCUGUGGAAGUGCUACCUAUUGAUAGCAAGGGGAGAAAGGGUGAAGUUGUUAAAGUCUAUGCCAAUGAGAAAACAAAGAUUACUCACGGGUCAAGUUCUGAAAGUCUAUGCCAAUGACAGAAAGAAGAUUACUCUUGUGACGCUAGUGUGAAAGAUGAGAUAUGUUAUCAUGUUUAAGAUUACCUUGCUGUGUAUGUCAUAGUAUAGAUUAUCUAGUUUCUCUGCCUUUGAGGCUAUAAAGCUGAAGAUUCGAUCUACCUUCACAACUCUUAGGUGUCUCGAGGUCAUAUAAGAGUGCUAUGUCAAGCUUAUGUAAUACCUCAGGCCAUUACAUGAAGCCAUGGUGUUAUGUGUGCAAUACAGCGAAGUCAUUAUCCUAGAGUUGUCUGUAUCCGAACUAUCACCCUAUGCUUCAACUGCUACGGCCCUUCCAAGGGAGUGUUACAAGAAGUACCGGACAUUCUAAAAAUUAGACCAUUUGAAGAAAUUCUACUGAUGGUCACAAGAUGUUAACCAAGUGUCACAAAUUUAACUGUUAUCUAAUGGUUUUGUACCUGAGGUUAAUGUGUGUUCCAUAGGUACUCGUCCGAUACUAGCCCCAAUGCAAUUGAUGGUGCAAAAAUGGGAUGUGUGUGUGCGUAUGUUUUAUUUUCCUGCUGGAAGUAGAGAUGACACUACCUCACCCUAGAGAUCUGAAUGUGUCUCAGUGAAGCGCGAUGCUUAUUGGUGUGAUUCUUUGAUUGCUGUGGUCGCAUUGAGUGGCGUCUUUAGCUUAUAUGGUGCAAUUGAGACAAAUUCAUGUGAAGCUCACUGGUUUGUCUGCACUAUAGUAGUCUUUGCUUGAAAACUUGCGCAUCAGAGUUUUGCUCCUUAACAGGAACCUUGUUCUCAUUAUUUUAUUUGAUUACUUAGAGGCAUAUACAAGAGCAAGGCCUUUGGCAA